AUGAAGAAAAGUGAAAUAUUGAUGCAAAGAAAUGCAUCAGAUCUUGAAAAAAUAAGAGACGUGUUCCAGAAAUAUGGCUGCAAGCUACCUCUUCAGAGCUCUGCAGAGGAGGAAGAAGUUGCCAGUGAAUCACCAGCAUCUAUCCAGAAUAGGUCUGAUGAAGAGAAAGCCAAUGAUGUGUCUAAUUUUCCUGCUUGUACUGAGAAGCCACCGCUGCCCAAGGACCCCCUGCAAAACCCUCAGCUUGCUGAUUUUGGGCUUUCGUCCUAUGCCUUCUCCAGGCCUUGGAGUGCGGUGAAAGCACAGCACACAACAAGAGCACAUCAACAGAAGUCAAAGAAUGAGACUCCCGUGCAAACGCACACCCCCCGUGCCUUGCCCAGAACUCCAAAAUGUAGGCUAAAGAUGGAUGAUUGUGAGUGUGUCACACCAAAACUUGAACAUUUUGGCAUCAGUGAACACACCGUGUGUAUGAAUGAAGAUUACACCAUGUCCCUCAUUCAUAAAACUGCUCAGACAAUCAAGAAGUUGGUUAAAAACGAUGAUAACGGAGGAAAUGUACCAGAAAUGACACCCAGGGAAGUCAUCGUCACUCCUGCGCUGAAAUCUAACAUGAGAACAAAGAAUGCCGCUGACUGGAUGGCUUCUCCUAUGGUACUUGUGUUCUGCACUCCUGAAGUGACGGUCUCUUCCAAAGCAAACAGUACAGUGUUACCCAGGUCACCAGAAACAAAGCCUCUGCCCAGCCAUGCCGCGACACCACAGUGUCCAGAUUUUCAAACAAGAUGGCUAAAAGCAGAAGCUAAGGUACAGGAGGAAAAGGUUGAGUCAGUGACAAAGAAUGAUGCAAAAGAUAAGCAAGACAAAGAAGACAGCAUUCCUUUUGCUGAGAGCUCUGAUGAGUAUCUGAAACAUCUGGGAGACCUUUCUCCUCCCCAAAUAAAACUCUGUGAUCAGUUACUCAAUACUCCUCCAGCUCCCAAAAUAACAAAGAUACCAGAUGAUGUUCUACAGAUUCUGUCCAAGUAUGACCAUAAGGCAGACUCUUCUAAACCCAAGGAAAUGGAGACCAGGGCAGGAAAUCCUACAAGAUAUGACAAAGGUUCCACUGAUUACUGCAACAAAGAGAACAGAUCAGUUCUCUCACACAGGUGGCUGUGUGGUGGUCUGAUGUACUGGAACAACCAAGGAUGUAGCCUUGGGGCUGGAGGAGGGAGCAGUAUUGCUGCUGGAGAAAGACUCAUCCUGCUGCACAACACAUCAGAGUGGGAAUGA